CUAUUCAAUCAGUAUAGACGACCCUCUCCUAUUCUCUACCUACGCUCACUUCUCCUCCUCUCUCCUACUUUUCUCCGCCGUGAGAGAGAGAGAGAAAUGGGGAACUGUCAAGCGGCGGAGGCGGCCACUACGGUGAUUCAACGACCAGACGGUAAAUCGGUGAGAUUUUACUGUACAGUCACCGCGAGUGAAGUGAUCAAGUCUCAUCCCGGUCACCACGUAGCUCUCCUCCUUUCCUCCGCCGUGCCUCACGGUGGUUCUCUCCGCGUCACUCGUAUCAAACUUCUACGUCCUUCUGAUAACCUCUUACUCGGCCAUGUCUAUAGGCUCAUCUCUUCCGAAGAGGUGAUGAAAGGAUUAAGAGCCAAGAAAUCUGAAAAGAUGAAGAAGAUCCAUGGAGAGUUUUCUGUCUCAGAAGAGGAGAUUAACCCACUAACCCUAAGAUCUGAAUCUGCUUCUGACAAAGACACUCAGAGAAGGAUUCAUGAAAAGCAGAGAGGGAUGAACACAACAGGAGGAGCUGCCAAUAAAGUAAGAGCUUGGCAGCCUUCUCUUCAAAGCAUAUCAGAAUCUACAAGCUAAACCACUUCUAUUUUUUUUUUUAUCUUUAUCUUUUUACUUUUGACUUUUUGAUCAUUUGAUUUCUCUUUGUAUUGAUGUUUUUUCCCAAUCAAAUUGUAAAGGAAGAAAAACCCAUUUGAUUGUGGUAGAAGAAUUAGCUCUUUAUCUCUCUUUUUUUUUUUGCUAUUUAACUUAAUAAUAACUGAAGAAUAAGAUCCAAAGGAUUUUAUUUCUUCUUUCAA